CCUUCCUUCCCUCAUUUUAACCAAUACAAACCCCUUUUUAACCCAAUCUGUUUUACCCGCCAAUUUCCCUCCUUUUCAAACCCGGCGGCCCUACCCCUAGGGUUCCUCCGCCUCCCCCUCUCUGAAGAACCAUCCAUGGAUCCCGACGCCGAACCGGUGGCUUCCCCUGUUAAGAAGCCCAGAUGCGAUGCGGACUUGAAGCGAGUCGCCGAGAUUGUGCUGGCUCUGUCCACCUUGGCCAAGAUUCGAGGCGGCGAGAAGCCGACCGAGCCGGAGAUUGGGCUCAUGGAGGAGGCUAGGGCUAAGCUCGUCGAGCUCUGCGAGGGUUUGCCGCCCAAGGAGAUUGUCGCCAGGGAUGCGAUUGCGGCUGUGAUUGAGAAUUUGGGGAUGAAUGCGAUUCUGAAGGAGCAGCAGGGGUUAGGGUUUCGAGGUCCGAAAUUGACUGUGGCGGAGAAGUUUGCGUUGACUAAGAGGAAGAUGGAUGAGUCAAAGAAAUAUGCUGCACAUCCUUCUCAACCAUUAAAAAUAAGCUUUAAUGCAGCAGCUGAAAGCCCUGGGAUGCCACAUACUGCUCGUAUGUCAACAGAUAACCCCAACCACGCACCAAUGGCAACAGGUGGUUAUGUGGCUUCUCCUCUUGUUCAUGUUUCCACAGCGACUCCUGCAUCUGCACAGUACCAGUUGUCCGUGGGUUCUGGCAGUGUCCCCGGAAGAGAUUCAUCUUCCCCAGCAUUGCCUAGAGGGGAAAGAGUACAGUCAAGAACUGAUGGAGGAGCCAAUGGGUCUUUUGCGUAUCAAGUGCAAGCGAAUUCUUCUGCAAAUCAUCCAUCUGUUAAUGCUUCAACUUGGUCAACUCAAACUCUGAGUGGACCAGAAAACAAGGUGCCGAAUCAUACUUCUGUCAGGGUUGAAGGGACUGCUGGUAUGGGUAAGCCACCAAUGACUUCAUCAGCAAAAGAUCUGAAUUCUAGGUCCUUUGCCUCUCAGCCAUCUUCUGGACAUGUGCCUGGCGGACACCAGCCUUCACAAAAGAUUCGCUUUAUUCAAACUUCGUCACUUCCUACUAAUCACAAUGAAAUUGCGAAAAUUAUUCAGAAAAUAUUGCAACCACAGCUUCCUGAUCAUCCCACAUGGAUCCCUCCAUCAAGGGAUUACAUGAGUAAGGCUUUGACUUGCCAAACUUGCCAGGUUAGCAUCAAUGAGGUAGAUAAUGUUCUCAUCUGUGAUGCAUGUGAAAAAGGAUAUCACAUUGCAUGUGCACAAUCACCUAACCAGAGAGGGAUUCCUAGAGGUGAAUGGCACUGUGCAAGAUGCUUGUCGCUAAGCAAUGGCAAGCCUUUGCCUCCUAAGUACGGGCGUGUUAUGCGAAGUAAUAUACAGUUAAAAGCCCCUUCCAGCACGGUCCCUUCCAGUACAGUUGCUUCCAGUACGGUCUCUUCUAGUACCGUCCCUUCUAGCAUGGUCCCUUCCAGUACCGUCCCUUCCAGCAUGGCUGUAGCUCAGAGGUCCUCGGGGAAUAAAGUCGGAGAUUUAGAUCCAAAGAUCUAUGAGCAGAAGGUAAAUGCACAUGUAACCUCUGUUUCACAGAAUCCUGCUCAUGUAGUUGGUAUGAGCACAAACAGUGUCAAGUCGGAAACAGAUCCUGAAGUUCCAUUUGCAAGAGAAACUCAAGAAUAUAAUGUACCAUCAAGCAGUGUGAAUACAGAUGAGAAACCUGUUUCUGAAAGUAUCCUGUCAAGUGAAACGUCAUCCAAACAAAUCAGUAUUCCUGAAUUAUCUGCAUCGGAUAGGAGACCUUCUGACUUAACAAAUAAAGAUGCUGAUCCCAAUAUUUCAGCUGCAAGUGAAACUGAUGGCAAUAAGCUUCCAUUAAGCAGUAACCAUAUGGAUGAGACUACUCUUUCUGGAAGUUUUCUGUCUGAUGAAAGUACAUCUCAACAGAUAUAUAUUUCUGAUUCAUCCAAAUCUGAUAAGAGACCUUUUGAACCAAGGGCAGAAUCGCCAGCUGAUUUAUGCUACAAGGAUUCUGAUCCAAAUAUUUCAAGUGCAACAGAAGCACCAGGGAAUAAUUUUCCACCAAGCAGUCAAGAUACAGAUGAGAAACCUCUCUCUGGAUGUUUCAUGUCUGGUGAAAAUUCCACUCAAGAUACUUCUGAAUCAUCUAGACUAUUUGAAUCAAGUGCAGAGCCUCCUGCUGAUUUAUCCAACAAAGAUGCUGAUCCAAGUAUUUCAAGUGAAAGAGAAAUGCAAGGGGUUCCGAUCUGCAAAGAAGAUCCCAGCUGUUCCAUUAGCAAUGACCAAGAUAAUGUACAAGAGAAUACUUGUGAAAGUCUUGUACUUAGUAGUGGGACACUAGAGCAUUCUGGAGUUACAUCCGAUGGCUUGCGACCUGUUGAAUGGAUCGGUGAUCCAAUUCAGAUUGUCAGUGAAAAACACUUUUACCGUUCUUGUCGCAUAGAUGGAGUAACAUAUGAGCUACAAGAACAUGCUCUCUUACAGUCUAGUCAUGGCAUAUUGAUACCCUCUAAGCUUCAGUCAUUGUGGGAGGAUAUGAAAACGGGGUCAAAGUGGGUUAUUGUUAACAGUUGCUACUUUCCUACUGACAUACCAGAGACUGUUCAUGCACCUACACCUGAAAGUAAUGAGGUGUAUGAAUCUAAUCAUGAAAGCACUGUAAUGGCGGGCGUCAUUAUAGGACCAUGCAAAGUUCUUUCUCUUGCUGAGUUCAAUAAAGAAAUUGAAAGACGGAGCCAAUUAGGAGAUGAUUCAAAUAAUGAACUACGACCAGUUUUCAUGUGCAAAUGGAAUUAUGAUGAGUCCAAGGGAUUAUUGCAGCCUGUUUCCCAAUAAUCCUGAUAUAAGUGCAGUACUGGUGGUUUCCUAUUCUUACCCUUGUGGCAACUUGGUCAUGCACUCUUUGAUCAGGUAUUUUCUGUUUCCAAUGGAUGGAGUUCCAUAUUCAUCUCUUCCUUUCUUUUUUUGGGAAUAAAUCAUCUUUUUGUAUGUAAACUAGGUUAUAGUUGUUUUGUAUGUAAAAUGACAAUCGCGAGAUUGGUGCAAAAAUUUAAUGUAAUCCUUCUCUCCCAUUUGGAGCAGUCACUUUGGAAUGAAAAGUUACCAGUGAAAUCAUACGGAAUUCAUCA